CUGGAGAGCUUCUUUGUCAACCUUUUUUCAAAAGUCUACCUACAAAGAUUUUAGGUUAUGAGGAAGUUUGUUUGUAGUAAAUGGUCGUUGGUGGAUCAUACAUCCCCACCCUGUCCCCCAUAUUCACCGAUUCUGCUGGAGUUGUGGUGUCAAACCUGCACAAGUGGCAACAAAUGAAAAAAAGAGGAGCUGCACCAACAGCACGGUAGCAGCAGGGUACAAACAACUCAAGGGAAGAAACUGCCAUUCAAUCACCAAAAUGUUUAAAAUUUAGGAAUAGUAUCUCAGAAUUUAAUGCCUUUUUUUUUUCCUGACAUUAUACAAGAAUAGAUGCAAUGAAACUGAGGCCUGGAGAAGAUUAGUUCUUACAACAAGGUAUCUAAAUGCUCACUGAUUGUGGUAUACUUCAGAUGUGGGUAGAGUUGUGUCCCAUCAACUCCUCCAGAAGAGUCGAUAUCAAAAUAGGUAUGAUCCCCCUUGACGAAGACAGAAUAUAAAAAGAUCAUCUCCAUGUUGUCUGGGUGCGGAGUCUCUGUGAAUGCAAUUUGAUGAUACACGCGGUUUAAGACCACAAAAUGAAUUUGAAUCAAGAGUCAUAAUAUAGAUCAACAAAGGAU